GUCAGCCCCCGGCACAGCCGCUGUGGACACCGGAGUCUCCUCUGGAUCCUGGCCUGACGAGUUCUGAAGGAACCCAGACCUUGCCCUGGAAGGCGCUGAUGCGAUGGAAGGAGGUCAGCCCCCUCGGACUGCAGAGCUGACAACCCCUCUGCUGAAGAAGGCUCACACCCCACCUCUCCAUGAAGAUGCCAACACUGUGGUCAUUGCAGUUGUCAUCACCCUGGUGUUCCUCACCUUGCUCACAGUCCUGGUUGUGAUCAUCUUCUACCUGUACAGAAACAAAGGCAGCUACCUCACCUAUGAGCAGCCGGCAGCAGAGACCGACAUGUCGAUGCAGAUGGAGGAGGCUCCAUCCAAAGAGAAGGAAGAGUAUUUUAUCUGAGCCAGCAGGACCCUCACACACCACCUG